ACAACUUAGACAACUUAGAGUAAAAAAAUUAAGAUGGAUAGCACCGAAUUUAGAAAACGUGGCAUGGAAAUGGUUGAAUAUAUUUGUAAUUAUCUGGAGACCCUAAACAACCGCCGGGUUACACCCAGCGUGGAACCUGGCUAUUUGAGGCAUUUGCUACCAUCGGAGGCUCCUGUAGAGCCAGAAAACUGGGAUGAUAUUAUGAAUGAUGUGGAAGAAAAAAUUAUGCCUGGUGUAACACAUUGGCAGCAUCCGAGAUUCCACGCCUAUUUUCCGGCCGGUAAUUCAUUUCCUUCAAUUUUGGGAGACAUGCUAGGUGAUGGUAUCGGUUGCAUCGGAUUCUCAUGGGCUGCAAGUCCAGCCUGCACUGAACUGGAAACAAUUGUGUUGGAUUGGUUGGGUAAAGCAAUUGGACUACCCGAUCAUUUUUUGGCGCUGAAGGAGGGUAGUACCGGUGGAGGUGUCAUUCAGACAUCGGCAUCAGAGUGUAUUCUUGUCACAAUGCUUGCGGCUCGUGCGCAGGCUUUAAAACGCCUAAAAUCUCAGCACCCCUUUGUAGAGGAAGGACACUUGCUUUCCAAACUAAUAGCCUAUUGCUCCAAAGAAGCGCACAGUUGUGUGGAAAAAGCAGCAAUGAUUUGUUUUGUUAAGUUACGAAUUUUGGAACCAGAUGACAAUGCCAGUCUGCGGGGCCAAACCGUUGCAGAAGCUAUGGAAGAGGACGAACUCCAAGGUCUUGUACCAUUUUUUGUAUCGACUACUUUGGGUACCACUGGAUCUUGUGCAUUUGACAACUUGCCCGAGAUUGGUAAGCAGCUGCAGAAAUUUCCUUAUGUUUGGCUACAUGUGGAUGCCGCUUAUGCUGGUAAUAGUUUCAUCUGUCCUGAACUGAAACCUCUUUUGAAGGGCAUCGAAUACGCUGACUCAUUCAAUACAAAUCCCAACAAAUGGCUGCUAACUAAUUUUGAUUGCUCGACUCUGUGGGUGCGAGAUCGCAUCCGUCUGACAUCAGCACUGGUUGUGGAUCCAUUAUAUCUCAAACAUGGCUAUUCGGAUGCGGCCAUCGACUAUCGACAUUGGGGAGUUCCACUUAGUCGACGAUUUCGUUCGCUGAAACUUUGGUUUGUAUUGCGUUCUUAUGGCAUAUCUGGCCUCCAACAUUAUAUACGACACCAUAUUAAAUUAGCAAGGCUCUUUGAAGAAUUGGUACUUAAAGACAACCGCUUCGAAAUCUGUAAUGAAGUCAAGCUGGGAUUGGUUUGUUUUCGGCUUAAAGGCACUGAUAAAUUAAAUGAAAAAUUAUUGAGUAUAAUUAACGAAUCUGGCAAGUUGCACAUGGUUCCUGCUAGUGUUAAUGAACGUUACAUCAUUCGUUUUUGUGCCGUAGCUCAGAAUGCCACAGCUGAAGAUAUUGAAUACGCAUGGGACACUAUUGUGGACUUUGCCAACGAACUCCUAGAAAAAGAGCAACAUGAUGAGAUCAGUGAAUUUGCAAUUAUCCGCAAGAAACAGCAGGAUAAUUUGGCACAAAAACGUUCAUUCUUCGUACGCAUGGUUAGCGAUCCAAAGAUUUAUAACCCUGCUAUCAACAAAGCCGGGACACCAAAACUAUCAAUGGAGCUGCCAUCACCAGUAGUCAGUCGUGGCAGUGCACCGAUAAUACGAACGCAAAGUUCGGUCGAUCAUAAUUCCUGGAUUUCGUGGCCAUUAGCGUUUCUGUUUAACAGCAAUAGUAUCGGCGGCAGUAGUAUUAACAGCAACAGUGGAAACCCUCCUCUGCGCUUUCGACAUUUGGACACGAAUGUGCGUCCCCAUUCCGCAUCCCGACGAAAUUCGGGAGCAGGCUCUUCACCAUCUCCGGAGAACGAAUUUAUAACGGGAAACAUAUCGUCAAAUCUAAAUUUAAUCCCGAAUAGCAGUGCACAUCCAACAUCAACUGUUCAGCAUCAAAAACAGUAACAACAGCCGCAUUUACGUAAAAUUUCCCGAGAUAAUUAAAAUUAACUGUUG